AUGUCCGACGAACUCCCCCCGUUUCUGUUUUCUAAGAAACCAAUAGAGUCACCUGCUCACCCUCAUCUGGCUAUUUCUGACAUCAUCCCCAAACCAUCUUCUUCGCCAUUUGUGGUUCAAGAUGAAAAAAGUGAACCUAAAGCUGCUCCCCCGGAUAUCUUUGAAGCGGUGGACUUUGACCAGCAGAUCCGGGCGCCUCGAAUGACACUUUCGACCCAUUAUACUUAUGGAAACCUGCAAAAAUUGCCAUCAAUAACCCUGAAGAAUAGUCUUGAAGAAGGGGAGAAACCACCCGAUGUGUCACAAAAACAGUACCAAAAAGAAUACCUCCCAGCAUCAUUCGAUCUCUCACAACCCACAAGAAGGUUUUCCGCUCCUUCCGAUUUGGACCUUCCAGAAUCUCCUUCAAAAACCAUGCUCAACUACACCAUUAAUAAUAAUAUGUACGAUAACCACCGGACCCAAGAACAACAAGCGCUCAUCCGAGCCCUCGAAAAUCUAUCCAGCAAUGCCACCACCCAGGAACGUCAACCAGAACGAGGUCCUGUUGUGCAACAAUUGUAUAAGCAGAAGAAACCAAUGAGUGUUCCAGCGGUGCUUCGAGCCAAUGAUUCUAGCAGUAGCAGCAGAUCAUCUCCUCCAUCUCCAUACUUGCAGUUCAAAUCAUACCCUUUUCCAGAAGUAUGUCAGUCACCUGCAACUUCAGAUGGAGACAAUUCCCCGAAAAAUGCCGCCGAACCCACUCAUAUGCACUGGAAACCCAAUAGCUAUGCGUCAUAUUGCAUAAAAUGUUUCGAUACAUUCGGGACAUUUUUCACUCCACAACGCAAACGACGCCAUCAUUGUCGAUUCUGUGGGUUUAUCUUCUGCUACAAUUGCUUAUAUACUUCAUCGUCUGAUGAUUCAAAGCGAGUAUACUUGGAUAAACUAGCCCGAUUUGUCAUCCCUAUCGGCCAAGACGCCGAUGCGUCGCAAUUCAAGGCAUGCAAAGUGUGCAAGGACUGCGGCCUGAAUUAUGCCAAACUAGUGGCAGCCGCCUCUACUUCUAUUACUACUAAAGACAAUAACCUAACCCACAUCUUUGUGGAAAACCCAUACACCGCCAGCCCACAAGAAUCCCCCAUUCCCAUGCCACAACCGGCCGCUCAAAGACAGUCGCUGGAGCCGUCGCCAGACAAUAGACGGCCCUCUAAUGGAGUGCCCUCCGACUGGACAUGGAGUUCGUUUUAG